UUUACUAGUCUAACUAAACCCAUGCUUCUGCUGCUGUCUCUCUCUGGUACUCUUGUAGUUGUAAUCAACUCAACUCAAUUGACUUUUUACAUAUUGGAAUACCACACAUUCAUUCAUUUUCAAUUCUUUCGAUCGAUUGGAGAUAUUUUCCUCCAAGGGAUUCUAUUUGAAGGAGCAGUCAUGAUGUUUUGGAGAAAGAAUUCCCAUAAGGAGAAUGAAUGUGUUCAUCAGCUUCAGGCUGAUGAAAAGGUCAAUGAGCUAAGAGCUGCUAUGGGGAGAUUAACCAAAGCCAGUGAACACUUCUGCACCGAUGCAUGCUUGAAAAGGUAUCUGGAAGCUCGAAACUGGGACGUAGACAAGGCAAUGAAAAUGUUAGAAGAGACAAUUCAGUGGAGGUCAACAUUUAAGCCUGACAGUAUCCGUUGGAAUGACAUCGCAAUUGAAGGUGAGACAGGCAAAGCAUACCGAGCAAAUUUUUUUGAUCGACAAGGGAGAACUGUUCUUAUACUGAGACCGGGAAUGCAGAAUACAACAGGAUGUGAAAAUCAGAUGCGCCAUUUAGUAUAUCUCUUAGAAAAUGCUAUUUAUAAUCUUCCCAAGGAUCAAGAGCAGAUGGCAUGGCUAAUAGACUUCACAGGAUGGUCAAUGAGCAAUGCUGUGCCAGUUAAAACUUCUAGAGAGACUAUUAACAUUUUACAGAACCACUACCCCGAGAGACUAGCUGUAGCAUUUUUGUACAACCCUCCAAGGAUAUUUGAAGCAAGUUGGAAGAUUGUGAAGUACUUCUUGGAUGCAAAAACAUUUGCAAAGGUGAAAUUUGUCUAUCCAAAGAACAAAGAUAGCGUGGAGCUUAUGAAGACAUAUUUUGAUGAUGAGAACCUUCCAGCUGAGUUUGGUGGAAGAGCUAAAUUGCAUUACGAUCACGAGGAAUUCUCAAGAUUGAUGAACGAAGAUGAAGCAAAAGCUGAAAGAGAAUGGAAAUCGGAGAACAGUAACGGUCACAUUAACAACGGGAAACCAGAGGUGUGUCAUGAGUCAGCCAUUGCACUUCCAGCUAGUUGAGCAGUUCAUCUAUCAGAUUGCUGCUAUGGUAAAACAAGUUCUAAUCGAGUUCACUACCUCCUAUUUAGCAGUCACAAUCUUAGCUAAUCAUACAUGUUAUACACAACACUGAUGAUGUAAAAGUGUAAUAAUAAAUGUGGAUUCGAGGUUAUAUUUUCUGAUAGAAUAACAAGGAAGACUUGUCCGAGGUUAUUGGUAAAAAUUCAUCUAUAAAUUUCUGUUUCCUUCAAAAAAAAAAAAAAAA